UGGAAUAGGAAUUAAAUCCUAAUUUAUUUAGGAUUUGGAAAUAGGUUUUUCAAUUUGUACUCAAUGUAGGUCUUGCACCAUUAUAAAUAGAGAUAUUACUACCUAUUUUCAAUAUAUUAAAUUUUUGGGGGAAUUGUAUCCUUCGGACAGUUUCUUCGAUGGAUGAUCAAAAGUCUUUGACUAGCAUGAAAAAGACAUUCUUUCUCAAAUUCAUCCCAUCAAAAGCUUUAGAAGAAGCCUGUCAAGUUAACAACACACCAUGGGUAAUGACUCGAGAACUAGUGGAGAUAAGGGAUGUAUAUCGUGCCCCAAUAAUCGAUCUGGAAAAUUUGUGGCAGAUCAAGAAAAAAAUUAUCCGUAACGAGGUCGUUCUAAAAAAAUUGAUGAUUCCAUUUCUUGAAAUGUGUGAGUAUAUUCUUCGAUACUGGAAAUUGGACGUGGCCAAAAGUUUGGCGAAUGGGUACGAGGUGUGUGUUGACGUGUGGGAUAUAACUGAGGAGAAUGAUCCUAAGAAGUAUGAAGGUGGAAGUGUUUGCUUUAGGAAGUUGUACAAUGAUCAUGACUAUUCUCUAUCAUGCGAGAGAUUGUUCAAUGAUCGCGGCUUGGAUGUUGGUGAUGAAAUUGAGUUAUAUUGGGAUCCUAGGUCUUCAAGUUUAAUGUUCAAAUUACUUUUUCAAGUUCACACUCAAGAAUUUAGGACCUAAAAUAACACACCAUAGUCUUUUUAUUUAGUAUUACUCUUUCAUGUAAUUGUAAUAGCUGAAUGUUGAAUGAUAUUUUUGUUAGAAUUACUCUUCAUUUAGUUGUCA